UUUAACACAUGCACAUUGCGUUCAGUCGAUCGAUGAUCAUUCUCCAACGAAGGUGCUAGUCAUAUUCCAUUGUUAUGUUGUUUAAGUUCAAGUUGCUGGCUGUUGGAAUUUUAAUAUUCCUAAGCACUUUAAAUAAUUGUAAUGGACAAUCACCAAAUCCUUUAAAUAAAAUAACAGGAGCCGUUAAAAAUGUUGCAACAGACGUUAAAGAUUCUACCACAUCGAUAUUGCACAAUGUUCAAGAUGUGUGCGAAAAGAUUGGUGAUUGCGUUAAACAAAAUGGGAAUAAAGUAGUAAACAAAACUAUUACGAUAACAAAAGAAUCACUACAAAAUGGAGCCACCAUGGUGAACAAAACUAUUACGACAACCAAAGAGACACUUAAAAAAAUUCCAUUAAAUUCUAUUGAAGAAAUAAUAAAAAAAGCUAAAUGUGUGAUACCCAAAAAUGCAGAUAACCUCCUUAGAGCUUCAUUACUUCAGCAGUGCAUUUCACCCAGUCUUGGAUUUGGAAAUGAAUCUAGAUGUUUUGAUGAACUUGGUUGUUUUCCAAUGGAAUAUCCUUGGACUUCAAACUUAAGACCUUUUCCACAACCUAUGACACCUGAAGAAGUAGAAGUAAAAAUUUAUUCGUUUACUAGAAAACAAAAUACUCGGUAUACUGUGCAAUUAUGGCCAAAUAUUUUACUAGAAGAAUCAGACUUCGAUCCUGAGAGGCCAUUUACUGUUUUUAUAAUACACGGAUUUAAUAGCAAUGGGGAAAAUGAUUGGAUGGCUGCUCUUAAAAAUGCAUACUUAAGACAACGUGAUGCAAAUGUGUUCUUAGUUGAUUGGGGAAAAGGGUCAAAGCUAUUUAAUUAUUUACAAGUUGCUUCAAACACAAGGAUUGUUGGUGCAGAAUUAAUUAGGUUUGGAAAAUAUCUCAUUGAUCAUUAUCAAUUAGAUCCACUGAAAAUCCACAUAAUGGGUCAUAGUUUGGGUGCUCAUAUAUCUUCAUAUUUUGGUAAAGGUAUCCCCGGUGUAAGUCGAAUAACAGCAUUUGACCCAGCACAACCAGGAUUUGAAGGUUGUCCAAAGGAAGUACGAUUAGAUAAAUCAGAUGCUCAUUUUGUUGAUGUUAUACAUACAAGCUGUAGACCCACAAUUCCAUUAUUAGGUUUUGGACUAAUCACUCCCGUAGGUCACGUGGACAUUUAUAUGAAUGGUGGUUUCAUACAACCAGGAUGUACUUUACCUCCAAUAAACGAAGUAAAAUUAACAAGUAUUUCGGAUUUAGCUGCUAUUCCUGCUGACGUACUAGGAACUUGGGUUGCUUGCUCACACGGAAGAUCGUUUUCGUAUUUCAUAGAAUCAUUAGAAGACAAUUGUACGUUCUGGGCUCAGAAAAUAAAAUUAUUUUCUGCUAUUACUAAUGCUGCAACUGUCGGUCAACUUCAGCCUAUAUUGAUGAAUAUUGACAAAUGCCAAUUUAAUGAAUGCGUACCAUUAGGCUUAAGUACUGAUCAAUAUCCAGGCAGAGGUGUUUUCAUUGCAGGAACUGCAUUUUUUGAACCUUACUGUCAGAAAAAUUUGGAAACAGACCGAAUAAUGAGAAAGGGAUUCAAAAAUUUAAAUUGAAAAAUUAAAAUCCGACAUCAUAAAAUAAAGCUAUAGUUGUGUACAUAGAGUCAUAGCGUUAUUGUUUGUAAGCCACUCAAUAUUGUACACAAUGUUCAACAAAUAUAAUUAAAAAUUUACAAGCAUACGACUUUGGGCAGUCUACACAGUAUUUAUAAAAGAGCAAAAUAUUUUCCAGAGAACAAAAAUAUAUUAUUAUAAAUUAUGUUUGU